UUAUGAGUGACCGCUAUACUGUAUUUUUAAAGUUAACGACUCUUUAGUUUUCUUAUGUAGGAGCCGUCUCGCUCUACCGAGUGAGACAAAGACGACGUCUUGAUAAACUUACUUUUUUAAACUCAAAGAAUAUUUAUGUUUCGGACUGUUUUCAUUGUCUUUGUGCGUUGUUGACGCCACUUCAUGGAGCUCUUUCUUCCACCUGCGUGACUGACAAGCAUGCCGACCCACACGGUGACCGUGCUGGCCGCUCUGUCCUUGUGUUUGGGUCGGUGCACUGUGUCUGAGUACCACAACUCAUCAUGUGACAAUGGGAAGGUAUUUGUGGAAAGGGACCUACCUUUAGAUGCUGCCUACAAGGCAUGUCCUGUAUCUGCCAGGUCUGACUCCACUCAGGUAACCAUGGAUACAGUAGGGGUCAUCAUUAUCUUGGCACACAUGCUUACAAUUCUGGCUUUACAAAGAAAAAAUUGGGGGACUCUUAUGUUGAGGUACCACUUAAUUUCAACACAAGAACCACCCCAUGACAAAUUGGCCAUGUGCGGGGCGACAAACACCUCACAUUUCAUGCUGCUGCUCCAGAUGUUUGACUACUGUUCAUUUUUUACUCUUCAGAGGCUCCCAAGUGUUUACACAGUGUAUGAUCCGGAGCCCGCCAGGCAGAUCUGCAUGGAUAAGCCUAUUUCCUACCACCACAAGAUCCCUAACAGUGGCGCAUACAGGCCGGUCAGAGCAGAGAGCGGCGAGUAUUUGUACUGCCCCCCUCAACGCUGGCUCAAUAAUCUGCAUCAUGGAGCUGCUGUAUUGCUCUAUCAUCCCUGUGCUGCUGUCAGUGAGCGGCUCUUUCUGUCCGUCCUGGCCAACUCCUGUCUGCCUGACUACAUCAUCAGCCCACAUCCAUGGCUCAGUGAAUCCACGCCAAUAGCGUUGGUGUCUUGGGGGCGAACGUUGGAGCUGUCCACCGCCGCAUCUUUAGACGUUUGUUAUUGGCUGCAGAGCACGAUGACCACAAGUGAAUGGAUCCGUGGAAAAUACAACCUGCUGUUGACCUUGUCAUCUGAACAGAAGCACACGCAUGGAAAGGAAGGACAGACCGAGCCCAAGGAGUCUGUGGGGCAAUGCUGUGAGCGGAUCAUCUCGUUGUGGCUGAAAGAACCGCUCCAGGCAAGAAAAGAUUCCCCGCUUAAGAACAGAAACAGGGAAUCAAGGAAGCGGCAAAAAAGAGCUGCUAUUCGGUCCGAACUGAAGAAGGUUGCAAUGAGGACCAUAAAAGCAAACGGUACAACUCAGGCACUCGAUUUUUUGGCAAAGCCAAAACUGAAAACCACCACCAAUAACCCUGAGGACCCUUUAGACCACAACAGCACUCAAGGACCUCCAAUAGCUUUUGCAGGCCAUGGCCUGAGGGAUGCAACAUCUGCCACCAAGAUGCAAAAUCAGGCUUUCUCAGCCUGGCCCCCAAACAUGCCAGGGGCUACACACAAGACACCACUCAGGGUUCCCGAACACAGUGCCAGUGCUCAAGUUAAAGGCUCCUUGGAACAGAGCGAGACAGCGAGAUAUGGCCCCACUGCAGAAAGACAAGUGCUGGAUAGUACAGAAGUAGACGUAAGAGAGAAAGAGAUGGACAAAGAUUACACUUAUUUAUUAAAAAGACAAGACGGGCCUCCACCCUCAAAACCAGCAGUAGUGAAUUACUUACCUGACUGUGGUAGCUGCAUCCAAGACCAACAGUGUGCUUGCAAGGAAGACUCUAAGGGCCGGGCCUCGCUUGCAGGCAACGGGUUGCCGAGGCCCCCCAGGUCCGAUGAGGCGGUGUGGGCUGCAGCGGCACUGGGCUUCUUGCUGGUUCUCCUCACGCUGUCUGUGUUGCACACACGCCUCUACCGUCACUGGAGGACCAUGCCCAGUCUCUACUGGCACGACGCACGGCAGGACUAUGACAGUGUGGCAGAUGUUAUUCGUAGGAGGCUGCACAUUGCAAAGAAGAGGCGGAAAAGAGGCAGAAGACAAGAGUGCGCCCUCUUGCCCGGUACCUCCAGCUCAGAUGAACUGAUGUAG